AUGAAUUUAAAAAAAAAACAAAAAGAAGGUUAUAGAUAUAAUAAUGAAAUUAAACAAUUAGCAUUAAAUAUUUAUUUUUUAGGACCUAGAGUCUAUAAACUUUUAUUAAAUACUCUUUCACUACCAUCAAUUUCUACUUUAAAACGGUUAACUCAUAAAUUUGAAAUGAUACCAGGCUUGAAUGAAUUUUUUUUUAAUAUUAUUAAGUAUAAAAUUAAAUAUUUUACUGACGAAGCUAAAGAAUGUGUUCUCUGUGCAGAUGAAAUGGCCUUAAAAUCAAACCUCUAUUAUAUGUUAAACAAAGAUGAAAUUAUAGGGUUUCAUCAAACAAAUAAGACAAAGACUUAUACUCCUGCCAAGUAUGCAUUUGUUCUAAUGGUUAGAGGAAUAAAUGUGAACUGGAAACAACCAAUUGCAUACUUUUUAGUAUCAAGUAGUUGUACCGGAUAUGACUUGCAGGAUAUUAUUUUUGAAACUAUUCGCAAACUUUUUGAUAUAGGAUUAAAUGUAAAAGCUUUUAUUACUGAUAUGGGUUCUAACUUUGUUAGUUUCAGUAAAAAUGUUAAUGUUACCCCAGCCAGGCCUUUUUUUAAAGUUGGUGAAAAAAAAAAAAUAUAUAUAUUUGACCCUCCCCAUUUAUUAAAAUCAACAAGAAAUAUGUUUUUUCAACACAAUUUUAGAUUUAAUAAUAACUUAAUUGAAAAAAAAACACUUAAUAUCAUUUUUUGA